CGCCGCCAGGCGCCGGGCGGACGCGGGGGAAGACUCCGAGGCCUGCGUCCGCGGGCGGAGAUGCUGCGGCUCUGGAGCUCCGGCCGGGGUUCGGGGAGGGGCGAUGGUCUUCGUCCCACCUCCACCCCCCGCUAAGGCGCGGCAGUCCGGUACCGCCACUGGACGAAAUGCGGGGCGCAAUAAAAGUUCCUCUGGACCGCGGCACACCAAGUGUCCCUCGGUUUUUCAGGAAUUCAGGGACACACGGGUUCCGUUUGGGAGCUCGGACUGCCGGCUGCAGACCAGCAGCUCUGGUAUUACCCGGGAGCUGGCCAGGAAAGCAGAAUCUGCACCCCAGCUCAGACCUGCUGAAGGAGAAUAAGCAUUUUACAAGCCUCCCUGGAAAUCUCUGCGAAGGUUAACGUUUGAGAAGCCCAACUCUGGGGCACAUUUCUUCCAACCUUCAAUGAGAGUCGGCAUCGUACUUAAAGCUUGGGCUCUGCAAGCAAGCAUAGGUAGCCCUGGGGAAUGAUGUAACUUUUUUUUUUUGCUGAAAAAAUGGGGUUUAGCCCCUAACUCCUAGGGUUGUUUGAAAGAUUAAAUGUAGCAUUCCAGGAAACCCCCGGGCUCCACAUAGUGAGCACUGGGGAGGUGUUCUCCCUGUUUUUAUCAGCAAUUGCAUAGGACACUUACUAGGUGCUACGCCCAGUGCCGGUGUGGAGAUGCAUCCCGCUCCUUUGCAGCCCUUCCUGGAGCAGCUGCCAGCCCACUAUGAGCCACACGAUGUCAGCAACUCAUCAUUUACGAGAUCCCACUACCAGCAAAAGCGACAGGUCUCUGACCUCCCCCAAUGGCAGCUCACCCGAAGCCCAACGUCUCCAAAAAACAUCCGUGGUCCUGAGAAUUCAGGAAACCCACAUCCUGAACUUGUUCUUCCACUAACUUGUUCUAGAGCAGCUUGGCUGUUGCUCUGGACUUUCGCCUCAUCUGCAAAAGUGAAGACAUGGAAUCAAAUCAUCAAGUUCAUCUUUCACCUCUGCAAACAGCUGUGGGCUCAUACCUUCAGGGAAACCAUUGCCGGGGAGAUUACUUGGCUUAGAGUCCAAGCGUAACCAGGGCUAGAUUUCUCCAUCCCCCCACCCCCACCCCAGUGCCUUUCUGGCCUUCCCAGACACCAUACCUCUUCCUGCUGCUAUUGGUGGCACUGCAUACCAGGCAAGUGGGAAACUUUCUAAUGUCAGCCCUCAUCUUGACUUGAACCUACAUUAGCUUUCAAAAGAGAAGUCCAGGGACAGCCUGGCAUGCUCCACUGCUCCUCCUUCUUCCCUGGAACCUGUCCCUGAUGUCAUAACUGAGUAACUAUGACAACCGGUCAUGGGGACAGCUAAGUACCUCACAGAGGAGCGUGGGUGCCUUAUUUCUGAAGUGAGACUAGGAAGAGAAGAUGAACAGUUCCCUGGAUUAUCUGGCCUACCCUGUAAUCGUCUCUAAUCAUAGACAGACCACAUCAUUCAGGAAGAAACUGGACUUUGGCCACUAUGUAUUCCAUAAGAAUAGAAUACAAAUAGUGAAGCCUACUGUUGAUACCAAACCUCCAGUGGCGCACACACAUCACAUUUUAAAACUGAGCAAACUACAGGGUGAACAAAAGAGAAUCGACAAAAUCGAAUACGAAAACAAGCAACUGUGUCAGAAAAUCGCCGACGCCCACCGCGGCCCUGCCCAGGUGGAUUGCUGGAACGAAUAUUUUUCCAAGAGCUUAAACAGAGAAACAAGGAACCGGGACCUAGUGAGAAUCACCGUGGAGAACCAGGGCAUCCUGAAGAGGCUGGGUGAUCGCAAACCCCACUACGACCGAAAGUCGUCGGAGUUAGACUGGCAGAAUUCAAGGCGCUAUAUCAGAAAUACCACCAGAUAUCUUCUCUCCCAAGGUGAAUAGGGUUACUCACCAUGGAAAAGAUACAAGAAGAGGCCCUAGGACUUCUCAGUUGCUUAGGAUCUCAAGACACACCUAAGUGGCUGAAUGCUCAAUCUAGGAUGCUUAUAAUAAAGCUUGGAACAUAA